CUAUAGCACUUUUGUUUUUACGUGAAUCACAAGUUGGGCGGCGUUGGGGUGUUAUGGCUUCAAUGGAGUUCUGGGUUGUCCUUCAGUGUUGGUGUAGCAGUCUGUUUCCACUGAUGUGAAAUUUGGCACAAAGUACACACAAACAAGAGAUGACAAGCAAACGAGAGAGAAGCAACACUAUGAAAAUCUAUAAUUGGGGCAUGAUAUGCGCACCAUAAAUAGGCAAGGCAUCAACCACCUUACUAUUGCCCUCCCGAAAAACAUGAGACUUACAAAAAUUCCUGCCCCUCAUCCUCCACAAACUGUUGUCCCAACCCACCAGCAAACACCAAGGAAAAUCUGGGGUAAGAGAAGAAACCUAAGAAGAAGAAGAAAAAAACCCAACUGAGAAAUUGGAAAAAUGUUGCCAGAAAGGUGAAUUCUUGCAGGGGAAGAAGAACCAUUUGAAUUGUUGCAAAUUGCCACCAGAAUGACUGAAAAUGAAGACCCUGAGAAAAAAGGUGGUGUCUGGGCUUUGGAUCAACAGCUGGACCAGCCCAUGGAUGAGGAGGCUAAGAAGUUCAGUAACAUGUCCGAGGACAAGAAAUGUUCAUCAAUAACGGUUCUGCAGCUUGCAUUUCAAAGCCUUGGUGUGGUCUAUGGAGAUUUGGGCACAUCUCCUUUGUAUGUUUUCUAUAAUACAUUUCCUUAUGGAAUUGACGAGCCAGAUGAUUUACUUGGAGCUUUAUCGGUUGUUAUAUAUUCCCUCACUCUUAUUGCACUGUUGAAGUAUGUUCUUAUUGUCUGUAGAGCAAAUGACAAUGGUCAAGGUGGAACAUUUGCUCUUUAUUCAUUACUUUGUCGACAUGCAAAAAUAAAGACUGUUCCUAACCAAGACCAAAGUGAUGAGGAGCUAACAACAUAUAGCCGUUCUACAUUUGGUGAGCAAUCAUUUGCUGCAAGCACUAAGAGAUGGUUGGAGGGACAUGCAUUGAUUCAGAACGUACUUCUUAUUCUUGUCCUGAUUGGCUCUUGUAUGGUGAUAGGGGAUGGGAUUCUGACUCCAGCCAUAUCAGUUCUGUCAGCAGUUGGUGGGAUCAAUUGUUGCCGGUAUCAUAUUAGUAAUGACAUAGUCGUGGUUGUUGCUGUUGUUAUACUGGUAAUUUUGUUUAUCAUGCAACAAUUUGGUACACAGAAAUUUGGUUGGCUGUUUGCACCAAUUGUUCUCCUUUGGUUUCUCUUAAUUGGAGGAAUUGGCAUCUUCAACAUUUGGAAAUAUGAUACUAGCAUUUUGAGAGCUUUUUCACCUGUGUAUGUGAUAGCAUUUUUUCGAAAGGGUGGUAUAGAUGGGUGGGCAUCUCUCGGAGGUAUCAUGCUUUGUAUAAAUGGAACAGAAACUCUUUUUGCUGACGUAUCCCAUUUCCCAGUCCUGUCCGUACAGAUUGCUUUCACAUUAGUUGCAUUUCCUUGCCUUCUUUUAGCCUACUCUGGUCAAGCUGCCUACCUUAUGAAAUAUCCACAUCAUGUGUUCGGGGCUUUUUAUUACUCUAUUCCAGAAAGCAUAUACUGGCCUGUGUUUAGUGUUGCAACUGCAGCUGCUAUUGUUGCAAGUCAGGCCACCAUAACUGCAACUUUUUCAUUAAUCCAGCAGGCCCUUGCGCUUGGCUGUUUCCCAAGAGUCAAAGUUGUAUAUACAUCAAGGAGCCAUCACCAGAUAUAUAUUCCAGACAUUAAUUGGAUUCUUAUGAUUCUAUGCAUUUCUGUGACAGCUGGAUUUAAAAAUCAAAGCCAAAUUGGGAACGCUGCUGGGACGGCUGUUGUCAUAGUCAUGUUGGUAACCACAUUUCUUAUGAUUUUAGUCAUGAUAUUAGUGUGGCGCUGCCAUUGGACUCUUGUACUCAUUUUCGCUUGCUUAACAUUGGUAGUGGAGGGCACUUACUUUUCUGCAGUACUCCUUAAGGUCAAUCAAGGUGGGUGGGUUCCUCUUGUGAUUGCGGUAGCCUUCUUUAUCGUUAUGUAUGGCUGA